CGCCCUCUGACCGUUUGUUGUAUUUCUUUGGAGUUCAGUGUUCGUUCGCGAGCCAUGUACCGGUCGGUGCUCGAGCGCAGUCUGACAUUGCUGCUGCGCGCUGCUUCGCGCCUCCUGCUUGCCCUUCUCUCGCUCGUGCAGUCCUUUAGCCCCCGGAAUGUGCGGCCGGUGCCACCGGCUUUUCGGCCCCUCGUGCUGCUAUCCGGGGUGGAAUUAGCUCGCAGGAUCCGGCAAAGACAGGUUAAGUGUGUGGAUGUAAUACAAGAGUAUAUCAGCAGAAUCCGAGAUGUCAAUCCUAUAGUCAAUGCUCUUGUGGCAGAGAGGUUUGCAGCUGCCUUGAAAGAGGCACAGCAGGUGGAUAACAGGCUUGCUGAAGGUGGUGAAGAUGAAAAGUCACUGGAGGAGAGCGUUCCUUACCUCGGUGUUCCUUUCACAGUCAAAGAGGCAAUUGCAUUAGAAGGUUCACCCAAUACAUCUGGCCUUGUAAGCCGUAAGAAUGUGAUUUCCCUAACAGAUGCUCCUGUUGUGACUAAUCUCCGAAAAGCUGGUGCCAUCCCAUUAGGUGUUACAAACUGCAGUGAAUUGUGUAUGUGGUAUGAAUCAAGCAACAAUUUAUAUGGGACAACUAGAAAUCCAUACAAUGUGGAUCGCAUUGUAGGUGGAAGCUCAGGUGGGGAGGGAUGCAUUAUUGCUGCGGCUGGAUCAGUAAUGGGUGUGGGUUCUGACAUUGGCGGGAGUAUUCGAAUACCUGCCUUCUUCAAUGGAAUUUAUGGACACAAGCCUACAACAGGUUUGGUACCUAAUGGUGGUCAGUUUCCAAAUGCAACAGGUCUAAAAUCCGAAUUUCUCUGUACUGGUCCCAUGUGUCGUUAUGCUGAGGACCUCAUUCCAAUGUUCAAAGUCAUGGCUGGUCCAAAUAUCUCCAAGGUGAAGCUUGAUGAAGAAGUUUUCAUUAAAAAAGUGAAAUUCUAUUCCAUGGAACAUGACGGAGGAUCUCCAUUCCUGUCCAAAGUAGACAACGAAUUAAUUCAUGCUCAGAGAAGGUUAACUGAUUACCUUGAAGUGCAGUUUGGUGUUCAAGUACAGCAAGUUCAGAUCCACAAGAUGAAAUAUGCUUUCCAGAUAUGGUCAGCAAUGAUGUCCUCCCCAGAGACUGAUGGCGAGGAAUCAAAGUCUUUCAAAGAUUUGAUGGCAGAUCAUGGGAAGGAGAUAAAACCACUGUGGGAAUUGGUGAAAAAGAUUCUGGGACUAUCGCCCCACACACUUCCUGCUAUAGGUCUUGGUAUUGUGGAAGAUUUUGCCAAAGUAAAUCACCGAAGUAAUGCUAAACUGAUGAACAUGUGUCAGAACCUUCAGGCUGAGUUUUCCAGUCUCUUAGGAGAUGAUGGUGUAUUUUUGUACCCAUCCCAUCCAAAAAUUGCACCUAGACACCACCAUCCUAAACUUAUGCCGUUCAACUUUGCAUACACAGCAAUUUUUAAUGUGCUUGGACUGCCAGUGACCCAGUGCCCCCUUGGGCUAAGCAAAGAUGGGCUACCUCUUGGAAUUCAGCUUGUAGCUAAUCACCAUAAUGACCACCUAUGUUUACGUGUGGCUCAACAUUUAGAGUGUGCCUUCGGUGGAUGGCGAAAUCCAGGAGCACCCUGAAUAAAUUAAACUAAUCUUAUUCCUGCUUUAAAAGACAUAGGACUUUUCUUUCUGUAUCCACUGCUUUAAUGAUAGAGAGCCACGAUUCAAUUAUGGAUAUUUUCUAUAAUCAAGUUACCAGAUUUAUGCCUUUGAAGAGGUAUUAUCACUUAGUAUGUCAAACAAUCCUGUAGCAGUGCAAAUGUGAAAUUUUAAAAGGAAGCACUGUUGCUGGUAGUUAUAUUUUUCUCAUUAACUUUUUAUUGACACUUGAUAACACUAAGGACGGGAUUUUCUGCACCCGCCUGCUGCCGGGAUCGUCCAGUCCCGCCACAAGUCAAUGGACUUCUGGUUGGUGCACUGCCUCGCCCACAGCAAGCCCCGUCCACAACGGCACCUGAAAAUCCUGGACUAAGCCUGUACACUAUAGAAUAAUUCCUGACAGUUCAUGGUGUAGAAUUGUGUUUAGUCAUAACUUUUAGAAUAACUUGCAAAUACAACUUCGUUCACGCUAGAUUAAUUUCAACAAAAGUUUCCAUCUGAGAGAAAAUGUAACUCUAGAAUUCUUAUAUAAACUGCAGCUUUGGACACUUUUUUAAUAGUUUUGGCUGUAUGAAAUUAUUUUGUGUUGAUCUAGCAUUUUAAAAAAGCAUAUUUUCCUUUAACCACCAACUUUUCCAACCAUUUUCAAAUGGAUCUUUUAUUUGCAACUUGUGCAUUAGGUGGAACUAACUAUUUUUCAUGCUGCUUUUUUUCAUUGUGGCUCAAUAAUAGUUGUAAAAUUGGUGAGUGAUGCUGUCUCUUAAAUAAAUCUAGGACAAGUGUACCAGUAUAAAUAAACUGAACAAGCCUCUUUAUUGAAGAUGUGGAAAUCUAAGAACACACAGUUAUGGAUUCGCUAUGGCAUUGCACUGUUAACUUUGCUUACUGUGUAACAAAGUUUUGGAAUGUAAAUUUUUGUCUAUAUUCUGAUGGCAAGUUUAUAUAAUUUAUAAGCAAUAAAGAUACUUUAAAUGAGCCGUU